AUGAAAUGUUGUAUUUUAAUUGGAUUAUUGACUGGAUUUAUAUUUUUAUUUUGGAUAUUUUUUGAAUAUUUAAAAGGAAAGAAAAGAAUUUCUUUAUUAAUUUUAAUUUUAAUGUUGUUUAUUAGUUUUAUAUCCGCCUCUUUCGAUGCUUUUUUUGAUUUUCCUCCAAUUUUUUGGAUUUUUGAUGCUCAUUCAUUCUUUCAUUUAUUUUCUAUUCCCAUACCUCUAUUAUGGGCUGAAUUUUUAUGUUUGGAAGCAAAAUUAGAUAAACAAAAAAUUGAAAAAUAA